AUGGCCUCGCUGGCCGCGGCCGAGCCUCCCGGCCCACGGGCGGCCUCCCGCUCCCCUGCCCUCGGCCCCUCUCGCGGCGGCGGCGAGAGGCGCAGGAACGCCCCGGACGCCGCCCAGGAUGCAUCGUUGAGAUCAGUGGAUUUGAAUCAUGUCAUCACACUACUCAAAGGGUCGGGCUCAAAAGAUUUGGAAGAUGAGCAGCUGAAAACUCUCAAGAAGGUAGUCAAGCACUUUGAGAAUGGAAUUCCUCUUAAGAAUAUAGCACAAAUUACCGAAAUUCUUAACCUGUGUGCAGAAAAAAUGAAUGAACAAGAAGCUUUCACCGAGCCUUUAUGUGGACUUAUUAAAUUGUUUGGGUUACCAUUUCUAAAACAGAAAUCAUCUGAUGAAGUAAACUAUUCCGUUGAAGUUUCACAAUCCAUUGCACAACUGGGUUACUUGAUGAGAGUGCCAAGCUCUCAAGUUAAAAUACGAAUCUGUAGGAGUAUUGUUAGCUUUUAUAAUAUAGAGCUACCAGGAAAACUACUUUCAGGUUACCAGCCAACAAAUGCAAACUAUAAAAUCCAGAUGGCUGAAGAAGGAGGACUAGCAGAAGCACUUGUUUCGUCACUAGCAUUAGUUGAAAAUCAACUUACUGAGACAUUGUGGAUACUUAAAACUCUCCAGCAUCUUUCUACCUCUGAGAUAAGUUGCAGACAAAUGGUGAAGGCCCAAGCUGCCAGCAGGCUUUGUUUGUAUCUAAAUGGUGCUGAUCCCUCAGGACAGCUGAUGUUCCGUUCCUCAGAUAUCCUAUGGAGCCUGCUAGAAAAGGCCUCAAAAGAAGAAGUGGUUAAUCAGCUCAGCAGCUUGGAAUGUGUGCUUGCUUUGAAAGAAGUAUUUGUCCAUCUUGUCACGCGUGGCUUCCGGCACGACGAUCAACAGCUACGGAAUGACCUCCUGGUGAUUGCCACAUUACUAGCUGAAAACCCUGCAGUACCUAUGAUUGAAAGUGGAUUUGCAAAGCUCUUAAUAGUACUUGCAACAUUUACUGAAGUUAAACUUCCCAAUCCCUUGGUAAAAGGUUUUAAACUUACCUACUCAAACGAGGAUUUUGAGAUGAAGAAGUUACUAUUUAAUAUAAUAGGAAUCUUAUCUAAAGACCAAUCUGCUGUACAGCUCCUCAGUGAAAAUCACGUGAUGCCAGCUUUGCUUUAUUAUGUAAAAGUAAAUCAUCAAAAGCCUGGAUUUCUUGACUGGUCUGCUGCCCAAUAUGAAGACUUGCAGCUUCAUGCAAUUGCUGUUUUAGCUUCAGUGGCUCCUGCAUUAGUAGAUAAAUACUUGUCCUGCCAAGCAAAUACUCUUCUCCUUGUGUUUCUGGAAUGGUGUAUAGGCCAAGAUCCUUUCUUUAGUCUAGGCCACAGUUUCCAUGGAACAGGUGGUCGUGGCAACAAACUUGCACAAAUGCGCUACAGCCUCCGAGUGCUGAGAUCUGUUGUGGCCCUUUAUGAUGAUGCUGUGAGCAUUAAUUUGUGUGACCAGGGAGCAAUUAGCCAGCUACUGGACAUCUUAAAGUUUGCAGCAGACAAAUCUAAAGAAAAAGAAGGUACUAUUCUACUGGAAAUCCAAGCUGAUGUAUUAUUUAUUUUGUCUGUUCUCUGUGAACAUGAUGUCCACAGAAAGGAACUCUUCAGCUGUGGAGGAAUUGAUAUACUUAUCCCAUUCUUUAAGAUGGAUCCAAGGAAUUUAUAUAGUGGAUUAGGCCACAGUUGUCUCCUCCUCAGUGCACUCGACUGCUUGUGGUCCUGUGUCGUUGGAUGUUGCAUUGCAGAGGACUCUUUUAUUGAAAAACAGGGCAUUUUUCUCCUUAUGGAUUUGUUGGCAUUAAAGGAAAAGAACCUGUGCAAUAUAAUUCUUGGAAUCUUGGUUGAGUCUUCUGACAACCCUAAAACCACUUUGCACAUGAGUAUCUGGCGAGGGAAGAGAGAUCAAACAGCAGCUAAUCUUCUAAUACAGUUAUGGAGACAGGAGGAGGUGGAUUUGGGAGUCAAACGUGAUCAGUAUGGAAGGAUUGUUGACACUAAGCGACCUAUUGUUACCAGCUUCCAGAAACGACAAAAGGUCAUUCCAGUGCCUGCCAGCUGUCCCAGUUUUGCCAUAAUGGAAAUUUCAGAGAGCAUACGGGCAAAAGUUUAUUCAUUAUUUUGCAAGCUAGGUUUUGAAAAUUUACCUGGCUUAUCUGCUAAGGAUUUUGUUACACUUGCUAUUAUACAACGUUAUAUUGACUUUAAAAUUGCAGAGGUUUGGAGUGAAAUAUGUGCAGAGAUAAAAGAAGAAUUCAGGCCUGUUACAGCAGAUGAGAGAGCCUUGAAAGUUAUUUCAGCUAUAUCAGAAAAUACUGGAGAAGCGGUUGUUGCUCUGCAGACUGAAGUGCUUGAAAUAGAGGACCACCACAAAAUCCAGGAAGAGAAAGAAACUUACAAUGAAAUCCAAGCUACCCAAACACAGAGAGAACUGAUAAAUAAAUCUUGGGAGAAUUUCUUGACUCGGACAUCAAACUAUGAGGCAUUGAAGAAAGCAAAAAUACUUCAGGAAACAUUAAUAGAUGCUUCCAGAACUAAAUUAAAGAUUUACAAUGAACAGGACUACUCUACUGAUAUUCCAAACCUCCAUAUAACAAUCGGACCUGGGCGCGUUGUAACUGCGGAGAGCAUGCCUUGUCAGCAUACUGAAGGGCCACUGCCUGAUACAGAGCAUGCUCGUAGAAAGUUCUGUGCUUGCAAAGGACCUUUAAAAAAGAUCAAAAGAGAUAAAACAUUGGACUCAGUCAAGAAAAAAUCGGAUCAUCACUGGGAGAAUGCUACCUGGAACAAGGAUGAACCCAUGAAUCCAAAUUGGCAGGGAUGGAAGCAUCAUGAAGACAGCCACUGAUCAUGUUUAUCAGGUUAGUAAUUAAAAUUUCUAUUUCAGAACAAGAAAAGUCAAGGAAAGUCAAGAAAAAUUAAUGUGUGACCACCUUUAUAAAACCUAACAUAUCUGAAAGCUAUGUAAAAAGCGCAUGCUGAAGGGGGAAGUCCUUAAAGCAGAGAACCUAUCCAUGUAUUUGGAAAGAUUUUUUUGAGCUAAUGCCUGAAAUAUAAAUGGGAUUUAGAGAAAAAUUCUGCAGGGCUUCCAAAAUAAUUCCAAAGCUGCAGCAUAUUCUACAUAUAAACCCAAGGACUCCAGCACAGCUGCUUGACGCUGAGUUUUAUUAGAAGGCUCAUAUGGCUCAUAGUAAAAGUGUCUAUUUCUGUGAUUUUUAAAUUUUUAGUUGAUAGCUGAAUCUGGGCAAAAUAAAAAGUUUCCCUCAAAAUUCUUCCAACAUCGAUACCUUUCCAUAAAAUGUGUUUUAAAUUGUUGUAUUCCCACUUAUUCCUUCUAUUAUGGCAGCUGAGGUGCUUCCAUCUAGUGGGACUUUACUGUACUGAAGAGUGUAUCCUCAGUAUUGGUUAAAUCUCUUUAUCUUUUUCAAUAAAACUGCAAAAUUAAUACAUCAAUAUUUUACAAUAUUUGAACCUUGGGUAUGUUGGUGAAGUUAUUUAUCUCAAUUAGAAAGACCAUUAUACAAACUGUGUGCACGUUCAGAAAGGUGAGGAAAGAAAAACUGACUUUUGUUUUUUGAUUAUUUCAACUCUACUUUAAAUAGAGCUGUAUUGCUAAAAUAUUUCAGCUUAAUUUCUACAUAUUUCCAUCAAAGUUACUUCUUUUCUAGACUGAGAAAAAUACCACAUAUAGCACAAAUUUCAAAAAACUGCUGGUGGAAGUUUUGAAAUUGUUGGGGGAAGAGAUUUUAUGGCUUCUUCUUCUUCUUCUUGUUAGAGUUGAUGACAGUACACUAUUUAGUAAUUUAUACCAUGAGAGAAAAGAAACAGGGGUAAAACUAUGAUUUGAGGUAGCUGUACCCUUGUGAUUUUCAAGCAAUCAUGUACAAAUACAUGAAGUACACAGUAAGAAUGAAAGAGCAGGGACUGAAGCGUUAUUUAUCAUGAAACUCAGAAUAUUGACUAUAUAUAAAUCAAUUUGGAAACCUUUAAAAUGCUACCAGCCUUAUGUGACUGAAUUAUAUAUAUCUUUCUGACAUAGGCACACUGGUACGUAAACAGGAUUGAUUCACUGAGUAUAAAGAAUUGAGUCACCCUCUGCAUCACUGAUUAGCAGCUUCUGAAGCAAAAAAAUGACAGAUGUUCUGCCAUCAGGCUUGACAGUGAAGUGUUCACAGCCCUGUUACUGAAGAUGAAGUAUGACACACUUAAUGCAAACAGGAGAGAAAGGUGAUAGAAUCAGUCCUGCCCUGGCAAACAGAGUCUCUUCAGGAGACCAGAUACAAUUUUGAAGUCAGGUAUUCAGACAAUGAAACAGCUAAAUAUCCUCAAACUUCAGAGUGUUAAAUGAUUUCAGUAAUUUUUAGCAAUUCUUAGCAAUGUUUCAUGAGCCACCUAACAUUACAAAACGUUCCAGAAGAUGCACAAUGCCACAUUUCAGAUGAAAUAUUGCCUAAAUCCCUGCUGGCAUGAGCUUGUUGGCAUAAACUUGCUCUCUGUUGAAACAAAUAUAGUGUUAUGUCAGUAAAUUUAACACCUUCAACUCAUAACAUAUAGGAGACCAGCUUUUCUUUGUUUCUGUUUUUUGAGGUCAAGUUGUGGAUUGAGUGCAUGAGAUUAACACUGGUUAGUAGCUCUGCUGGCAUCUCUGGGCCAGUCUACACAUUAACACAUUAACCUCCUGCUGCAUGUUAAGGAAGUGCAGCCCACUGAAUUGAAGGCUUUGCUAAGUGGAUCAGCUUCAGACCAGGCUGCUCUUAACAGUUGUAAGGACUAAAUUCAAACCACAAAAGCAGAACACAGCACAAAACCAGGGUGUAAUUUGAGACACACUUGUAUUGCUAUCCAAGGAGGGUUCUGGGCCUGUGAUUUCAUCCUUGAAGAACUAUCUACAACUUACCUGCACUUUUUUCAUCUCACUGAGAAGUUCUUUUGCUUAUUUCUUUCUUUCUAUUUUUUUCUAUAGAAUGCUGACAUCAUUAGCUUUACUGAAGUCACAGUAACACAAUCAAACUGUUGCAUUUAUAAGGACUUCUGAACCUUGCCUGCUAUUCAGAGAAAACUGACAGGUCGUUCCCAUAUUAUUAAUCAUAAAUCUGGACGAAAUGUUCUGCUGUUUGUACUAUGAAUUGGCAUGGUAACGCAGAAUAGGAAGAUCCUCCUGAGUGACAGGGCCUAUUUCCCUGCCACUACAAAAACAGCUCUGUUGUACAAUCACCUCAUGCAUUUAUCAAGUGCCAUAUUAAAAAUAGAAAUAUUUUUGUUCCCACUAAUUCCAUGGAAAAGCAGUUUCGUUACUCAAUUGCAGUAAUUACUAGAAACAUUAUUCUGGUUUCCUGAUAUAUUUAUUACUGAAUAGUACAUAUCUGUUUGUUCUUGUGUCUUUCCCCUUAAUUUAAAUGGUUUUCAUCCUUCAUGUUUACUUUCCUGGUAUAUUUAUAGACAGCACUUGUGUUUACUCUCUGGUUUUGUUUUAUUGCAGCAAACAAGCUGAGCCAUCCUAAGAUCUGUUCUUUUGAAAGGCUCUCAAGGUCUAGUGAUGAGCCUAAUUUCCCUCUAGCCCUCUCUUAGUUUAACCUUAGCUCAGUUAUAGAACAAUUGAUUAGGUUUUCACAGUACCCCAAAUGAGGUUUCACCAUGGUCUUAUACAAUGGCAUUAAUACCUCCCUACAUUAAAUGAAAUCCAUCUCCUGAGAUACUUCUUUGUGGUGGUUUAAUCCCAGCCAGCAACUAAGCACCAUGCAGCUGCUCUCUUGCAAGCAGGAUGGGGGAAAGAACUGGAAGUGUAAAAGUGAGAAAACCUGUGGGUCAAGAUACAGACAGUUUAAUAGAGAAAGCUAAAGCUAUGCAGCAAACAAAGCAAAACAGGGAAGUCAUUCACAAAUUCCCUUGGGCAGGCUGGUGUUCAGCCAUUCCAGAAAAGCAGAGCCCCACCACACAUUAACAGUGACUUGGGAGGACAAACGCCCAUGACUCUGAACUGUUCUCCCUUUCUUCUUCUUUUCCCUGGCUUUUUUUACUGAUCAUAGUGUCACAUAGUAUGGGAUAUGCUUUUGUCCUAGCUGUGUCCCUUCCCAGUUUCUCAUGAACUCACAGCCCACUCACUGAUGGAGUGGAAUGAGGAACAGAAAAGGUCUUGGCUCCAUGCAAGCCCUGCUCAGCAAUAACUAGAAAAAUUCCCUGCAUUAUCAACACUCUUCUUAGCACAAAUCCAAACCACAGCCCCAUUCUAGUCACUCUGAAAAAAACCUCUAUCCCAGCCAAAAGUAGCACAUUUCUAUACUUAUGGUGAUUCCUAAGUAAAUCUUAUCUCCAAAUAUCAUGAGCAUGUUCUUACUGAUUUUAUCAGGACUACUAUAGAAGAUAUCAGAUAAGAUCAUCCUAAAAAAACCCCUUUAAGCCUGACAUUUUUCUUUUCAACCUUCUUUGUGGCUACCUCAAUUUUCAGUUUCUCUCCUAACCCCAAUAUACUCAUUCCUUCCCAGGUGAUACCAUAUGCAAUGUUUUUGGGAAUUAAUACAACAAAUCUGAGUUUUUCCAAAGUUUUGCAGUGAGACUGAGGCCAGGUUUCAGGGUCUGUGGUUGGCCAGGUCACUUUUCUUCUUUUCAAAGAUAAGCAAUUACAGUCCACGUUCACCUGACCUAACUUCAAAGACUUAGAGAGAGAUGGAGAUGGCAGGGUGCUGUUCUUGACACGGUUUGACCUCUGGAGACAUCCGAGUAUAGAAGAGGAGUCUCAGCCUCCAAGCCCUCAGUCAAAUGCCUCAAGGACAAGGCCAGCCCCACAUUUCCUACUUUCCAGUCAUGACAUUAUUAACUGAUCAGUUCAAAACACUUCCCACUAGUUUUUCCACAUUACCUGCUUCAGGACUGCCAAUGUGGUCUCUGUGAUCUGAAACCACAACAUGUGAGCUCUGAAUUUUUUGUUAUGGUAAUAAUUUCUGUUCUGUCAUUCACAUGAACUUAAAUGUUCUGCUGGGUCAUUUAGCAUGUACAAGGCAUACCACUGUUUUCUAAAUUUUUAAAAAAUUGUAAUAUUAUGUAGCAGAUAACAUGCAUUGUUAAAGUUAUUGUUAGUAUUAAAUUACUGUAAAUGGUAAUGAUUCUCCUCAGGCAGCUAACAGGUACAAUCAAGAAUGUAAAACCUUGUGGAAAAGCUGUAAGAAGAAACAGAAAAAUAUUUAUUUUUUAAUGAGGAUUAGUGCUUCAAGAAAAAAACACAAAAAACCCUAAAACCAUGUUCAUAUUGUCUAAGAAAUAUUUAUCUACAAAAUAGAGGCUUAUGAAAGAACUUGGGGGUGAUUUUUCUCCUCUGCUCUGCACCUGUGAGACUCCACCUGGAACACUGUGUGCAGUUCUGAUGUCCCCAACACAAGAAGGACACUGAGCUGUUGAAGCAAGCCCAGAGGAGGCCCUGAAGUUGCUAAAGGGACUGAAGCAUCUCCCCUCUGAAGGCCAGGAAAAUUUGGGCUGUUUGGCCUGCAACAGCUUGUUCAAGACUUCUUAGUAACCUUCCAGUGUGUGGAUUGGUCGUACAGGGAAACUGGAGAGGGGCUUAUCCAGAACUGUAGUGAUAGUACAAGGGGCAGUAGGUUCCAACCAAAAGAGGGAAUAUUUAGGUUAGAUACACUGAAAAUGUCCUUUACUGUGAGGGUGGUGAGCCACUGGAACAGGUUAUCCAGAGAAGCUGUGGAUGCCCCAUCCCUGGAAGCGUUCAAGGCCAGAUUGACAAGGGCUUUGGAGCAACCCGGUCCAGUGGAAGGUGUCCCUGCUCAUUGGAACUGGAUGAUCUUUAAGGUGCCUUCCAAUACAAACCACUCUAUGAUUUUUUUCACCAAUUUUACUCUUCAGAACUUACUGAUAUCACGAUUUACAGAUUUCUUAUUCAUGACAAUUUUAAAAAUGCUAAGCGUUUUAAGCCUCAUUAAAGUAAUGUAUUUUUAACUGUCAUGCUUAUUCUGCAAAUUAGCAUAAUUUAAAGGUCAGGUCUCAAUUUCUUGAAGGAGAGCACACUAGCAAUAUGACCAACAGCUUUUAAAGGGUCCAUUUGCAUGGGGACAGCCAACAGCAGAUGCUGUGUCAAGCCAUACCCAGGUUCCAAGGGGAACACGCUGCUGGAGAGCACUGCUGCUAACCAAAACUGGCUGCUCCUGCAGCUGGGGCUCUCCUCUCAGGCAUUCCUAUUGCUGCCAAUUUGGGGACUCUCUAAACACAGACAGAGCCAGGUUUCUAAACCUCUCCUUUCUAAAGGAGACAUAGUUUAUUCAGCACGGGGUGCUAGGUGGAAGUUUUCCGCAAAUCAAGGUUACCAAUUCUCAAAACUUUACACUACAUAUACAUUUUUAGCAAGCAAUCACAGUUCAUUGUCAACAAGUUAUCUAGUAAUUAAUUAGUAUCCUAUCUUCUAUGGCUUAAAUUAGUAUUUCCUCUCCUAUACCAAUUAGUCCACAUGCUCAGUCAUCUAUCAUUUUGAUUUGGGGUCAUCACAUUUGGGUUCUAAAGGCUGUGAACCGGCACCGUUGCAUUACAAAGCAUAUGGGACCUGUGGCUGCAGCCAAGGGACAAGACACAGGAGGUGGUAAGUGACAUAGCAGGAGCCGACGACUCAACGGGGAUGUGCCAUAAAAGCCCAGGUGGUUUCACUGGUGAGGUAGGACCUUGUUUCACAGCCCCCUUCUCAUCCCCUGAAACUCUCUGGAUGAUUUGUUAACUCCUUCUGGGGAUCUGGGUGCUGCUGCCACCUGUUAUAAGUAUAUACUAUAUUAUUGGCUUUUUGCAAAUAUUAAAAUGAAUGCUACAUGUAUAAUGUUGGAAAACUUUGCAGAAUGAAUAUAGUUUCUUUUAGUUCUGCUACUAACAAAACUUAGAAAUAGUAGUGUGAUAAAUGUAUUUUUUUGGACUAUAAAAUGGUGAUGUAAAAAGCUUUUGUUCAUCUAACUAACUCAGAGAAUGGUGAUUAUUUUUUCAGGAAAUUCUUUACAUUCUCGGAUUAUCCUAUCUGGAUGAAGACAGCGGUGCCGAACACCAGAACUCCAGGGAAAGGAUUUAUUGAUCUCCGUCAUCAGGGAGAGCACCGACAAGAAGCUAAAAGGGGGAAAAAAAAAAAAGUAAAAAACGUUGAUUUACAGGAUAUUGGGGGGAGGGGGAUGUGUGAUUUUAAAUAAUGAAUAAAAAGCCUAUGAAUAUGCAUCAGGUUGAUGCAUUUAACGAAGUGUUUUCUGAAUAAAGGUGCGCUCUUGGCGCAAUGCCAAUCA